AAUCGCGUACAGCACCUCAGAAGGAGAGGACUUCGUCACGACUCACGCCGCAGGCCGCAGCCCACGGUUUCGUGACCGUGGACGGGGGCCCAAUUGGAAACCCUUCGAUGGAGUCGUCGUCGUCGGCGGCGGCGGCCGUCGACGGAGAGGACGGAGGGGGCAGCAAGCGCAGCUGGUACGCGGUGGGGGAGCGGGCGGUGCUGGUGCCGUACCUGCGGGAGCACGUGCCGCGGUACCACGGGUGGAUGAAGGAUCCGGCGCUUCUGGAGGCCACCGCGUCGGAGCCCCUCUCCCUCGACCAGGAGUUCGACGUCCACCGCUCCUGGACCCUCGACCCGCUCAAGCAUACGUUCAUAGUGCUGGACAAGGACCUGAUCGAGGGAGGGUUCGCGGUUGGCGAUCCACACACUGAAGCGAUGGUUGGUGAUGUAAACAUCUAUAUGAAUGAUCCUGAUGAUUUGCAACUUGCAGAGAUAGAGAUUAUGAUUGCUGAACACAAGAGUACCUUUUGUUACAGCCGCGGAAAGGGACUUGGUCAAGAAGCAAUAUUAAUCAUGAUGGCAUUUGCAGUAGAGAAAUAUGGAAUUCACACUUUCAGAGCAAAAAUUAACGAAUCAAAUACAGCAUCCUUAAAGCUGUUCAGAAAAUUGGGCUUCAAGGAUGCUUCGUAUAGUUCAGUGUUUAAGGAGGUGACACUGGAGGCACCCGCAACUGCACUACCAUUGGUUUCUCCUCUGACCAUAGGAAACUGGUGACAUCUGAGUAUCUGACUAAAUUUCCGAAGCAGUUAUUGGUGUUCCUCAACUGGGAAACAGGAAACUAACUGCGUUCCAUGCUAAACUGACUACUGUAUUAUCUGCCCAACAAUUUGCUUGGGAUUAGAAUAAACUUGUGUAGGCUUCUCGACUGCAACGUGAUGCUGAACGGUUUGAACUUUUGAUGGUGUGAUGUUGUAUAUGUAGGGAGCUACCCGUGAUGUUUUUCAAGAGAGAUUUUCAACCACAAGGUGUGGAACAGGUUGCAGUAAUCUCUAGAAAGUUUAUGAAGGCGAUGCAUUGCUCACACUGUAUACAUAUACAUCGUUAUCAUGCAUGGCACGAGAACACUUUUCAGUUAGCCAGAAAUUUGUGUGCAUUCGAUUCGAGA